UCGGCGAGAAUCAAUCCGACAGCGAACGGCGACCGUAGACGCUAGUCUUUGUCCAGUCUGGAAUAAAGUUUUUGUAUAUAGCAACAUCGAUGAAAGCAAUGUCAGUGCGUUAGGACUUGAAUUUACUCUGUGGGAUGAUAUACCGAAAGGGAGAAACGUAUUCAUGGGCGAGGUUCUUCUAGAUUUAGCAGACUGUGAUUUAACUGGACAAACAAAAUGGUACAACCUUUGUGACCAUGACGAAAACAAUGGACCCCUCCCAAAAUCUUCUCCAGCAGAAGUCCGCAAGACGUCUCCGUGCUUUACGCGUGGCCUUCCAUCAAUGCCAGCUCACGACAAGGUGAAAGAAUUGUGGGAAAAUGGUUAUCUAACUCUGAGAUCUCAAGGUAAUCGAAGUGGCAGUGACACAUCUCUGUGCAGUACUCGCAGCUGUGAGGAGCAUUGGACACACGAUCGUUCCGCCGUCGGAACUACAACAUUACCGUCACCAACAGUUAUCAAGCAGCUUACUGCAUUCUUGUACGCCUGUCCUCCUCAACCGUCUACGAAACUCGAACGAAGAAGCUCUCUAUUUUCUUACAGUGCUAGGCCUAAGAUUAAGGUUUUGAGUGCCGAUACAGUGCAUGAGGUGCAUGGUUUGACCGUGAGCGACAUUUUCCGACCUCGCUCAUCUACCCUACCUAUAUCAAGCCUACGACGAUGUGCAUCUGACCGGCAACCUACGGUAAAGAACCAGGCAAAAACAAUUCUUCGAGCGACCAACAGCGACGCUUCUUUGAACACCCAGCAAAAGUCAAAAGGUUUAUUCAGAAGACGUUCAUCAUUCCGUAGAACAGAUAGCACAUCCAGUGACAGGUCAAGGGAAAGCGCCGCCAGUGUCGGCAGCACAGAUUCCGACAUCUUUAUAAGUACGCUGUUGUCGCAGAAUCUCGAGGACGACAACGCGAUCCAAGACGAUGAGCCAACAGGAACACCCGAAGGGCCAGGUCAAGCUAAGCUGCAAAAUAAUGGUAUGAGAGUGUGCGGCUACAUAAUGUUAGAUAUGACUGUUAGUAAGGGUUACCUGGAGGUACUGGUAAUAAAGGCACAUGGCCUCGGGAUUUCCCAGUCGGAGCCGAUAGAUACAUACGUCAAAACCUAUUUGAGGGACUACAAGAAAAAAUUACAAAAGAAGAAAACUAGGGUUAUCAAAAAAUCAUCCAAUCCCGUUUACAUGCAGAAAUUGACCUACUCCGCGUGUGAUAUCGAUAGGCGGAUUCUACAGGUAGGAGUUUGGAAAAAGGGUUCAGGAAUCGAGAGUAACAAACAACUUGGAGAAACUCGAAUUCACUUGGACAAGUGUUCACUCGAUCACAUGGAGCACACUAAAGGGUGGUAUACACUUUACCCAUCUCUAGCUUUCGCGAGAAGCGACUCAGUCGAGUCCCAGGCUUCCAUGUAACUACUGAUGAAGGGUUUUCAAAGACGAUUCCAUAUCGAUAACAAGAUAGUUUAUAAGUUUUUCUAUUGAUAAAUAAAGCGAACCAACUGGUUGAAUUUAUAAUUAUAACUGUGCAUGUGAAUUGUAUAAGGUCAACUUAUUUCGUGCCUAAUUCAUCAUUUCUGAGCUUUUAGGAAGUUUUAAGUUAUGUCCGAUUAAGUUUGGCAACCACAUGACAAUUUAUUCUAAUGCUAAAUAUUAAUGUAUUCAUUAAUCUACAAUUAUAAUUAAUACGUUUUAUGCUCAUCACAUUUCACUGCAUUGCCGUUACUCUCCCUUGAGAUUUAGCCAAAUAGGUAAGCUUUCUGUAAGCCCAGGUUUAUAUAUACUGAGUAAAAAAUUUAAUCGACAGUAUCCUAAUCCUAAUUUGUAGGCCCUAGCACUUUAAUUGGAAAACAGUAAGCCCUGUGUCUUCUUAAAACUUCAAAUCAAACAAACAUGAUAUUAUGUAGAAAGCAGUAGUUUAUUGGAUUAUAAGCCCAAUGUUAUAGAGAGCCUGUCCAAAAUAUAAAAAAAAAAUCUACCGACAAAGUAGCUCAUCCUUAAGAUUAUAUGAUAUAGAGUAGUCCAUAAAGGAGGAAAGAUAAAGAUGUCUGUACGGAAAUUAUGAUCAAAAGUAGGAUAUAUAGAUGUCUAGAGUUGUCAAUAACAGCAGAUUUGGUUGAGGGCGCAUUCCAGCCCUAAAAUUAAGGAUAGGAAAAUUCGAUUUAUAGCUAUAUAGCUAUAAUUAUUGUAAUUACCGUCGUAGAAAUCAACUUUUGAUGUCAUGAUCAUGAACAAUUUUAAAUAUAGUACUCUCGGUAAAGAAAAUCACUUAAAACAUUGAAUUGGUUAUUCAUUUUAAGAGGAUCAAAGUUGAAGAACAUAUUUAUAAAUUACAGUAUUUGCCUUACUGACUGACUAGAUGUAGUAUUGAAGUUACUUGACAAAAUUCACACUACAACUUAUGCAGUCUUCCAAAGAGAAAAUUUAGUUAUAUCUAUAUCCCUUCCAGCCAAAAUGCCUUAAAGCGGUUUCAUCAAUGGAAGUUUUGAGAAUCUAUAAAUCAUAGGCCUACGAUGAGCUUUUGUUUUGUUUUUGUUUUUGGUUUUUUUUUCUGAUGCCCGCGAUAAAAAUAAGAUAUUUUUAUAUAAGUAGUAAGAUAAUCAAUGGUGGACUGCUUUUUAUUAUACUUUUACAAAAUUAUUAUAUAUUUGAUGGAUUCGUUUGUAAAAUUAAGCCUGUAUUUUAUAUAUUUGUAAGUAAUAUUAAUAUAUCUUAUGUCUGUUUCAGUGCCUUAUUAUUCGUGAUUAAAGCGUAUGUAACAUCAGGUUCAUUUUACUAUUCACUCAUGUUAGAAAUAAUAUAGGCGCAUAUGGUGUAUUAUAAAAGUCAAGCAAGGAAAAAAUAUAUAUGGGUGAUUUCGAGAAUAUAAUAUUAAUAGGCCAACGCGUAACUAAAAUAAGAAGUGACAUUUUUAUAUGCUGAUCUUUUCAACAAUUAUAUGAAAUUAAUAUUGUUAUAUUACUACAACUACGAAUAUUAGCAAAUCAUAACUUCAAAAACUAAAGUGCUCCUGAAAUAAAGUGUAGUGCUGAGGGUAACUGUAAACCAACUUUACGAUAAGCAAUGAAGAUGUAUUUCUUUACUUUUCAUAAAUAGGGAAGUUUUCAAAAUCACAACAUAAACGUCAGGCCUACACAUCACAAUUACGACUUUACUACGCAUAUUUUGUUGAGUUCUAAUAGUCUUCUUCGUAUCAAAAUCCGACCAAUUCGGCGUACCAGUAUUAAACGUAUCAUCUGUAUGAAAAACCCACCGUAGUGUACAAUGGUCCUUUAUGUGUCUUGUGAUUUUUUAAAAUGUUGACGUACAGUAGUAGUUAGAAAAUAGAGUAAAUCUCUUUUUGUUUUAGUUAAUUAUUUUCAAAUAGCAGCAGGUAUGUUUAAUAAAAUAGGCCUAAUCAAUUCGUAUUGAAUUUAUAUAUGUUGUAUAAAUUAAAUUUAUA